AGGGGGCAGGGAAUAAAUAACAUAUGCCAUUUAGCAGACGUUUCUACCAAAAGCCAGUUACAGACAUGCGUACAUUAUACAUAUGGGUAACCCCUGUGGGAAUUGAACCCACAGCCUUCGGUAUUGUAAGCACCAUGCUCUACCGACUGAACUACACUGGACCAAUGGCUUAAGGAGAUGAAGGGAAUGAUUGAGAGAGAGGGAGAAAAGAGGGCAGGAGGGGGGUACCCCCUCCCGCUCUCUAUGCCUCCCUCCAUCUUUCUUCUCUCUCUCUCAGAUGGCGAGGCUAUUUCUGGGCUGCUCCGAUCAGUCAUCCCCUCUCUUCUCCCAACUGGGGAGAUGAAGACAUUCUCUCGCUUUCCCCAAUUCAUUAGUCUGUGACCUUGGCUGCUUGAAAUCCCUAAAUGUCUCCCUCUUUCGUUUUUUAUCCUCUCUUUCUUUCUUCCAGCCCUCCUUUCAUCCCCUGCUACCCCUUUUUAAAAUCACAUUCCAGAAAAGAGGCGAGACUUUGAUCCAAAGGGUUGUUUUUGAAACCACGCUAUGUCAGGGAAUCAUCGCGAUGAGUGAUUCUUCGAGACACCUUAGCACAUCUCUCUCAAUUCAAUUCAAUUCAAUUCAAGGGGCUUUAUUGGCAUGGGAAACAUGUGUUAACAUUGCCAAAGCAAGUGAGGUAGAUAAUAUACAAAAGUCAAAUAAACAAUAAAAAAUGAACAGUAAACAUUACACAUACAGAAGUUUCAAAACAAUAAAGACAUUACAAAUGUCAUAUUAUAUAUAUAUGCAGUGUUGUAACAAUGUACAAAUGGUUAAAGCACACAAGUUAAAGUAAAUAAACAUAAAUAUGGGUUGUAUUUACAAUGGUGUUUGUUCUUCACUGGUUGCCCUUUUCUGGUGGCAACAAGUCACAAAUCUUGCUGCUGUGAUGGCACACUGUGGAAUUUCUCUCUCUUUCUCUCUCUCUCUCUCUCUCUCUCGCCAGCAUUUGAGGGAGAUUCAAAGAUUUGCCUGAGGUGUUUUUUUAAUCUCUUUCUUUCUCUAAUCUCUCUCUCUCUCUCUCUCUCUCUCUCUCUCUCUCUCUCUCUCUCUCUCUCUCCCCCCCACAGUCUGUCAAAGGUGUGGUGUCAUUAACAAACAAAGAAUUCACAGCACACAUCUCUCUCCAUUCUCUCCCUUCAUCCUCCCUCUGUACCCAUCCUUCACCUAUUAUUCUCUCUACCACCCUGGUUUCAUUCAGUGUUAAAUUAAGGAUGCCUCAAGGGUUUUCUCUCUCUCUCUCAUCAUUUCGUGCAGUGAUAGGUUGAUGGAUUGAUAGGUGGAUGGAUUGAUAGGUGGAUGGAUUGAUAGGUGGAUGGAUGGAUUGAUAGCCUGAUGGAUUGAUAGCUUGAUGGAUUUAUAAAUGGAUUGAUUGAUAGCUUGAUGGAUUUAUAGGUUGAUGGAUUGAUAGGUGGAUGGAUUGAUAGGUGGAUGGAUUUAUAGGUUGAUAGAUUGAUAGCUUGAUGGAUUGAUAGCUUGAUGGAUUGAUAGCUUGAUGGAUUGAUAGGUGGAUGGAUUGAUAGGUUGAUGGAUUGAUAGCUUGAUGGAUUGAUAGCUUGAUGGAUUGAUAGCUUGAUGGAUUGAUAGCUUGAUGGAUUGAUAGCUUGAUGGAUUGAUAGCUUGAUGGAUUUAUAGGUUGAUGGAUUGAUAGCUUGAUGGAUUGAUAGCUUGAUGGAUUGAUAGCUUGAUGGAUUGAUAGCUUGAUGGAUUUAUAGGUUGAUGGAUUGAUAGGUGGAUGGAUUUAUAGGUUGAUGGAUUGAUAGCUUGAUGGAUUUAUAGGUUGAUGGAUUGAUAGCUUGAUGGAUUUAUAGGUUGAUGGAUUGAUAGCUUGAUGGAUUGAUAGGUUGAUGGAUGGAUUGAUAGCUUGAUGGAUUGAUAGCUUGACAGAUUUAUAAGUGGAUUGAUUGAUAGCUUGAUGGAUUGAUAGCUUGACGGAUUUAUAGGUGGAUGGAUUGAUAGGUGGAUGGAUUGAUAGGUGGAUGGAUUGAUAGCUUGACGGAUUUAUAGGUGGAUGGAUUGAUAGGUGGAUGGAUUGGAUUGGAUGGAUUGAUAGGUGGAUAGAUUUAUAGGUACAUGGAUUUAUAGGUAUAAGCCCUCUCUCUCUCUCUCCCCCUCCCUCCCUCUCUCUCCUCCUCCUCCUCCUCCCUCCCACUCCCCCCAUCUUCUCGCUCCUCCUCCUCCCUCUCUCUGCCCUUCUCUCUCCUCCUCCUCCUCCUCCUUCUCUCUCCCCCUCCCUCCCUCUCUCUCUCUCCUCCUCCUCCUUCUCUCUCCCCUUCCCUCUCUCUCUCCUCCUCCCUCCCUCUCCCACAUCUUCUCGCUCCUCCUCCUCCCUCUCUCUCUCUUCUCCUCCUUCUCUUUCUCCAUAACCACUAAACCAGUGGUUGAGAAUGAGAGCCCUCCUUCCCUCCCCUUCAUCCCUCCUCUCCUCCUCCUCCUCCUUUUCCACCUCUUCAGUCUAAUUAACAUGCUGCUCUGCCAGAGGCUGUCCCCCAAACGGCAACCUACUUCCUUUAUAGUUCACUACUUGUGAUCAGGGCCCAUAGGGCUGGUCAAAGGUAGUGCACUAUGUGGCUAAUAGGGUGCCAUUUGGGACGCAUCCAGAGAGAAGCACUGACCUCAACUUAAGCAGUGACUCAAAGUAGAAUCCAAGUAGUGCCUUUGCUGUUGUUCGAUGACCACCCCGCGCAGGCGCUGCAUCCCACACUCUCUCUUUCUCUCCCUAUACUGCUUUCUCUUGUCUUCUCCACUCCCUCCCUCUCUCUCUAUUGCUCACAUGCUCUCUCUCUCUCUCUCUCUCUCUCUCUCUCUCUCUCUCUCUCUCUGUCUGUCUCUGUCUGUCUCUCUGUCUCUCUGUAUCUCUGUCUCUCUGUCUCUCUCUCUCUCUCUCUCUCUCUCUCUCUCUCUCUCUCUCUCUCUCUCUCUCUCUCUCUCUCUCUCUCUCUCUCUCUCUCGGGAGUUGCUGGUGUGUGGGUUGUGAGAGGGUUUUCUGUUCUUAUUUCUAUAUAUUUGUUCUCCUGCAUGAUUGUAUUAGAACAGGUUGGCCAUGAAAAUCUGUCAACUGCUUCGCGAAUGAAUAAAGCGUUGGCUGAGUUUCUGAAAGAGGAGUGCCUCAUCAACAGGCUGGUUGAGACACAUGCUACUCUAAAUGAUGUCUUUUUGCAAAUUACGCCACUGUUCUCUCCAGCUACGAGGGUUGCUACAUCCAAUUUACCACCGUUCGUUCCUGAUGGCGACCUGAUGCGAGAGCUGGCACGUUACUGGACAUUUGCCAGGCCAAUGAGAGAGUUACUACAUGGGUGUAAAAACCCACUGUUGAAACAUGUUAGCGCUUGUAGAAGGAAAGUUUUCAUGUUUUUAGACUCACAAACUGUCACGCCCUGGCCUUAGUAUUCUUUGUUUUCUUUAUUAUUUUAGUUAGGUCAGGGUGUGACAUGGGGGAAUGUUUUGUGUUUUGUCGGUUUUGGGUGGUUAUAUGGUAAAGGGGGUGUUGGGUGUAGUGUAUGGGUUUGUGUUGAGUGUAUGUGUCUAGCUGUGUCUAUGUUGGGUGUAGUUGUCUAGGAAAGUCUAUGGUUGCCUGAAUGGGUUCCCAAUUAGAGACAGCUGAUUUCUGUUGUCUCUGAUUGGGAGCCAUAUUUAAGGUAGCCAUAGGCUUUAGUUUGUUGUGGGUAAUUGUCUAUGUCUGAACGUUUGUAGCCUGUGUAUGUGCACGACGUUUAUUAGCUUCACGGUCGUUUAUUAUUUUGGUUAGUUUGUAAGUGUUUUUGUUUCGUUUUUUCCUUCUUCUCAAUAAAAGGAAGAUGGCUUAUUUUCCAAAUGCUGCGUUUUGGUCCGUCUCUCCCCCACACGAUCGUGACAGAAUUACCCACCAACAUCGGAUCAAGCGGCAUGUAAAGCGGCAACAGGACCCACCUACACAGGAUUUUUGGACAUGGGAGGAGAUACUGGAUGGUAAGGGACCUUGGGCACAACUGGGAGAAUAUCGCCUCCCUCGUGAAGAGCUGGAGGCAGCGAAAGCCGAGAGGAGGCGAUAUGAGGAGGCAGCACGGAAGCAAGGCUGGAGACCCGUGAGUAAUACCCACAAAUUUCUUGGGGAGGGGCUCAUGGGGAGUGUGGCGAGUCCAGAUGGGAGAACUGCGUCAACUUCCCGUGCUACCCGUGAGGACUCUAAGAGGGAACCUGAGCCAGUCGGGCUGAUAUUGGAGGUGAGCAAUGGGAAUGAUACAGAGACUGUUAAGGAUUUAUUGGGGAGGUUGGAAGAGAGUGAAAUGAGGGAGCUGCUGUGUUGGUGCGUGAGGCACAAGAUCCACCCGACAGAGCGUGUGCGGGAUGUGAUGUUAUCUGAGUCAGCUCUCCAUGCUCAUCCUGAUGUGCGUGCUAACCGUCUGGGAAUGACAGUCCCACGAACCAGGCCUCCUGUACGCCUCCCUAGUCCUGCACCUCCUGUAUUAGCCCCACGUACUAACUCUCCUGUGACAGUCCCCAGCCCAGUACAACCAGUGCCUCCUCCACGCACUAGCCCUAUGGUGCGUGUCUCCAGCCCUUUACCACCAGUGCCUAAAUCACGCACCAAGCCUCCUGUGUGUACCCAGAGUCCUGUGCGUCCUGUUGCUGCUCCCCGCACUAGCCCUGAGAUGCGUGUCCCCAGUCCGGUACCACCAGUUCCGGCACCACGCACUAGGCCUAAUGUGCGCUCCCAGGGUCCAGUAUGCCCUGUUCCUUCUCCCCGCACUAGCCCUGAGAUGCGUGUCCCCAGCCCGGUACCACCAGUUCCGGCACCACUCACCAGGCCUACAGUGCGCCUCAGCCGGCCAGAGUCUGCCGUCUGCACAGCGAUGCCUGAACUGCCCGUCUGCCAAGCACCAUCUGAGCCAUCCGUCUACCCAGCGCCAUCUGAGCCAUCCGUCUACCCAGCACCAUCUGAGCCAUCCAUCUACCCAGCGCCAUCUGAGCCAUCCGUCUGCCCCGAGCCAUUAGAGCCGCCCGUCUGUCCCGAGCCGUCAGAGCCGUUCGUCAGUCAGGAGCCGCUAGAGCCAUUCGUCAGACAGGAUCUGCCAGAGCCGCCAACCAGACAGGAUCUGCCAGAGCCGCCAACCAGACAGGAGCGGUCAGAUCCAUCAGCCAGCCAUGAGCGGCCAGAUCCGUCAGCCAGCCAUGAGCAGCCAGAUCCGUCAGCCAGCCAUGAGCAGCCAGAUCCGUCAGCCAGCCAUGAGCAGCCAGAUCCGUCAGCCAGCCAUGAGCAGCCAGAUCCAUCAGCCAGCCAUGGGCCGUCCCUCAGUCCGGAGCUGCCGUCCCUCAGUCCGGAGCUGCCGUCCCUCAGUCCGGAGCUGCCGUCCCUCAGUCCGGAGCUGCCGUCCCUCAGUCCGGAGCUGCCGUCCCUCAGUCCGGAGCUGCCGUCCCUCAGUCCGGAGCUGCCGUUCUUCAGUCCGGAGCUGCCCCUUAUCCUGGUGCUGCCCCUUAUCCUGGUGCUCUCCCUUAUCCUGGUGCUGCCCCUUAGUCCGGAGCUGCCCCUUAGUCCGGAGCUGCCACUUAGUCCGGAGCUGCCCCUUAGUCCGGAGCUGCCCCUUAGUCCGGAGCUGCCCCUUAGUCCGGAGCUGCCCCUUAGUCCGGAGCUGCCCCUUAAUUCAGUGGGGUUAAUGUGGAGGGGGGCCAUUUGGAGGAAGCUACGGAGGCGGUUAGUGACUGUGGUGGGGUGGGGACCACGACCAGUGCCGGAGCCGCCACCGUGGAAGGAAGCCCACCCAGACCCUCCCCUAGACUGUGUGCUGGUGCGCCCGGAGUUCGCACCUUAAGGGGGGGGUUAUGUCACGCCCUGGCCUUAGUAUUCUUUGUUUUCUUUAUUAUUUUAGUUAGGUCAGGGUGUGACAUGGGGGAGUGUUUUGUGUUUUGUCGGUUUUGGGUGGUUAUAUGGUAAAGGGGGUGUUGGGUGUAGUGUAUGGGUUUGUGUUGAGUGUAUGUGUCUAGCUGUGUCUAUGUUGGGUGUAGUUGUCUAGGAAAGUCUAUGGUUGCCUGAAUGGGUUCCCAAUUAGAGACAGCUGAUUUCUGUUGUCUCUGAUUGGGAGCCAUAUUUAAGGUAGCCAUAGGCUUUAGUUUGUUGUGGUUAAUUGUCUAUGUCUGAACGUUUGUAGCCUGUGUAUGUGCACGACGUUUAUUAGCUUCACGGUCGUUUAUUAUUUUGGUUAGUUUGUAAGUGUUUUUGUUUCGUUUUUUCCUUCUUCUCAAUAAAAGGAAGAUGGCUUAUUUUCCAAAUGCUGCGUUUUGGUCCAUCUCUCCCCCACACGAUCGUGACACAAACACAAACUUUAGAUAUUUCGUAUCAGGUGAGGUCUGAGGGGAAAGCCUACAUGGUUUAUGCGACUGAGGUGUCUGAGGUGUUUUGAUUGAGGGGAGAUGGGACGUAAGCAGCACGCAUGCAGGCACAGAAAGCGGGGCGAGCAGGGUGCUGAUGGAUCCUCUGUCACGUCUGUCUCUAGAUCUGAGAGCAGGCUGGGGAUUUCUGGGCAGCCUCUACCUCCACCCUGGGUCCAGACUCAACCCCAACCAUCGGAAUUGCAACGUUGGCGUCUGAAUGGCCACGUCUCAGCAGUAAGGAAAGGAAAAGGUCCAGCCAAAAGGAAAGACAAUGGUAGAAAGGAAAAGGGAACAGUAAAUGACAUGAUCAUUGGACACAGGGUGAUUUCUUCCCCUUGUCCGUGGACCUGUACAACAGACUACACUAGAUAGGAACUGGGAGGAAGCUCAUCCACAUUCGGGGGUGGCUUUAACCAUAUGUUAGAACAGCAUGGAUUGGUACAUGUGUGGAGGGACAGAAAUCAGGAAGGGAGGAGCUGUACAUGGGUGAAGGUAGUGUGCUCCGAGUGUGUUCUCCUUCAACCUGGAGAAGAAGUCGGCGCGGCAAAAAGCCGACGUUCCAUCCGCGGCGUCCGUCAGGGAGCCUGACGUGGUCUCCAGCGGAGAUGAGGAGGUGGACUACGGACUUUGACGCAGACCUCUACGGUGACAGCAACACUGAUCCACAGUGUGCUCAGCAGAUUCUACAGGGGAGGCCUAAGCUCGGGCCUGAGCAGAUUGCUGGGCUGGAGGGUGAUUUUUCAUUUCAGGAAAUAACAGCGGUUGUGCAGCAGCUCUCCCCAGCCCGUGCGCCAGGGGUCGAUGGACUGCUCUCCCCAGGCCGUGCGCCAGGGGUCGAUGGACUGACAGCUGAGUUUUAUAAAUGUUUCUGGGAUGUAUUGGGGAGGGACCUCUUAGACGUCUUUCGGGAGUCCUUUGAGAGCUCAGUACUACCAGUCAGCUGCCAGCGUGCAGUGCUGUCCCUACUGCUGAAGAAGGGGGACCUAGCUCUAUUGAGGAACGAGGCCAGUAUCGUUGCUCUGCUUGGAUUACAAAAUACUGUCCAAGUGUUUGGCAAAUCGGCUGAAAGGUUGUUUGGACAAAAUAGUUCACAAGGACCAGGCAUACUCUGGACAACUUGUUUCUUUGAGAGAUGUGAUAGACAUCACUAGGAUGUAUGAUCAGAUGAGCCGGCCAGUCCCAGUUAGGAGAGGGAUUAGGCAGAUCAGGCAGAGAACCACUGCUGUAUAGGCUGAGGGAGAUGCUGCAGUAGAUGGCAGUUCCGGGUCAAUAGGUGGGGAGACGGUUGUUGGCUUAUUUUUUAUGUUUCCUUUAUUUAACUAGGCAAGUCAGUUAAGAACACAUUCUUAUUCACGAUGACGGCCUAGGAACAGUGCCUUGUUCUGGGGCAGAAUGACAGCUUUUUACCUUGUCAGCUCAGGGAUUUGAUUUAGAAACCUUUCGGUUUCUGGCUCAACACUCUAACCACUAGGCUACCUGCUGCUAUUCUGAUGAUGUAACAGUGUUUGUUAGAGGGGAGGGAGAUGUAGACGAGGUUAGCAGGGCUUUAGUGUUGUUUGAGGGUGCGGCAUCAGCUAAGGUGAACUGGGGUUGGCUGUGAACCUAUAUGUUGGAGGGCGUCAGUAUACUGUAGCCAAUGGGCAUAGGGAUUGACUGGUGAACUACCUGGUUGGGCAGGCAAACAUUUCAAAAUGGACGACGAGGAAACAUGAGAUGCUGGGGACGGGAUGUAGAGACCCCAGAGCUGUAUUGCUGGUGCUGGUGCUGGUGCUGGCUCGGCUAAAACUGGAGCAUGUAUAUGGGGUGCUGGUGAACCGUCUGGGGGACUUUGUAGGG